AGCGAAGAAAAGGAGGAGGGCUCGGCGUGUCUCCCAUGCGCUCCUCGUAGCAGGCGUCUUUUCGGUUCACUUUUCGGUGGAUAAAGUUUCAGGAUGGUGAUUCGGGGAACGAAGACAGAGGACGGCUGGUACGUGAAGGCGAAGCCCAAUGGCGAGCCGUACCCCUUGGACUCGCGUCUGGCGCCCUUGUUUCGUGAGGCGGGCGUCACCACACUGUCGGGGGCGCUGCAGUACGGCGCCUCCACCCACGGCUCCAAGCCCUGCAUGGCCACGCGGCAGAUCCUGAGACGCAAGCGGGAGGAGACCAACGGCAAGAUGUUCGAGAAGCUCCAGCUGGGCGAGUACACGUGGCUCACAUACUCGGAGGUGCAGGAGAAGGCGGUGAACGUGGGCCUCGGGGUGCGCCAGCGGGGCCUCAAGCCCCUAGACCGCGUGGUGCUCUUCGCCGAGACCCGCGCUGAGUGGCUCAUGUCCGCCAUGGGCUGUCUCCAGCACCGCAUCUCCGUCGUGACUCUCUACACCACCCUGACGGACGACGGCGUGGCCCAUGGCAUCCACGAGACGGGCGUGCCCUUCGUCUUCACCUCAUACGACCUCCUGCCCAGGGUGACGCGGCUCCUCUCGAAGUGCCCGAAGGUGAAGACCGUUGUGGUGAUGGAGGACCAGAUCGACGGCCUCGGAGACACCAGUAAAUUUCCUGCCAACGUCAACCUCGUGCCCUUCAAGGAGCUCGUCACGAGGGACGCCAGCUGGGACCACAUCGACACCCCGACGCCCCAGGCGGAUGACACCGCCAUCAUCAUGUACACGAGCGGGUCCACGGGCACCCCGAAGGGCGUGGAGCUCUCCCACACCAACAUCCUGACGAGCGUGAUCGCCUAUUCCGUCCAGAUGAACGUGGGCCCCGGGGACCGGUUCCUGGCGUUCCUCCCUCUCGCCCACAUCAUGGAGCUGGCCUCCGAGAUCGCCCUCAUCUCCCUGGGCGCCACCAUCCUGUACUCGUCCCCGCUGACGCUCACCAGCACCAGCCCGAAGGUCAUGAAGGGCACCGACGGGGACGCCAAGGUCGCCAAGCCCACAGUCAUGAACGCGGUGCCGCUCGUGCUGGACCGCAUCAUCAAGGGCGUCUCGCAGAAGGUGGAGCAGCAGGGCUGGAUCAAGAGCUUCAUCUUCAACGAGGCCGUCAGGUACAAAUUCUGGCUGGAGUACAUUCCCUUCACUUCCUACUUCAUGGACUACUUCAUCUUCAGAAGAGUCCAGGAGGAGCUGGGCGGGGAACUCAAGCGCCUGGUGGUCGGCGGCGCGCCUCUGUCGCCGCAGACCCACGACACCAUGCGGGCCAUCUUCGGCGUGUCCAUCCAGGUUGGCUACGGCUCCACGGAGUCGGCCUCGUGCAUCACGGGCAUGGACGAGGACGACGUGAACACGGGCCACUGCGGCGGCCCCAACCUCGGCGUGCUCAUGAAGCUGGUCGACUGGGAGGACGGCAACUACAUGGUCAGCGACAAGCCGUACCCCCGCGGCGAGAUCGUGGUGGGCGGCCCCGUCGUGGCCAAGGGUUACUUCAACCUCCCCGAGGAGAACAAGGCGGCCUUCUACCAGGAGAACGGCAUCAACUGGUUCCGCACGGGGGACAUCGGCGAGAUCAAUGCCCUGGGCGCUCUCAAGAUCAUCGACCGCAAGAAAGACCUGGUGAAGCUCAAGCACGGCGAGUACGUGUCCUUAGGAAACGCGGAGUCCAAGCUGAAGACCCUGUCCAACGUCGAGAACAUCUGCGUCUUCGCUGACUCCACGAAGGACAAGACCGUGGCGGUGGUGGUGCCCUCCGCGGACCGCCUGCGCAAGGUGGCAGAGAGCGUGGGCAUCGGGGGCGAGGUUUCCAUCGAGGACCUGUGCCACCACGACAAGGUGAAGGAAGCCCUCCUCAAGGAGCUCCAGAGCCACGGGAAGAGGUGCGGCCUCACCCGGUGGGAGGUUCCCGCCGCGAUCUACCUCACCCUGGAGCCGUGGACGCCCGACACAGGCCUGGUCACGGCGGCGCUCAAGCUGCGAAGGAAGCAGCUGUGCAUGCACUACGAGAACAGCGUCCACGACAUGUACUCGCGGCUGGACUGAGAGGGGGGCCGUGAGAGCGUGCGCUCGUGAGGCUCCGUCGGAGGAUCGGGCGGGAGGCUGCCGGGCGGCGGCGCGAGAUGCGGUGUUUUGUAUAUAGGGAAUGUUUUGUGUAUAUAGAGACGACUUCAAAUUUUGCGGCCUUGAUGCCAGAGCAGCGGUUACUCCUGCCUCCAAGGAAAGCCACAGAAUUACUCAAUUACAAACCAAUACUGUGGUUUGCAGCGUAAACCAAUUCCGACAUCUCCAAAACGCCCGUGUCGAGUCCAGGACGCAGCAGCCCGCUCAUGUCCUUGCCGAUGUUUAUCCGAACUCUUGCCUUAAGAAACCGUGUCUCCUUGGUGCCAACCGUGCCGUAACGCGUCGUACCGCUGUGGAGCGUACGUCUCGCCUGAGGGACCUGCUUAUACUCUUGUGUACAUAUUUCACUGCUGUUAAUCCCCAUCAGAUGGUUAAAUAUAACUAUAUACAUAUAGCCCUUAAGUACGUAGUAUGUGAUAUUACAUUAGUCAUAUCUCUCUGCUCAUUCCUUAAGUGCACCCACUGUAUCACCUAUUCUCAAAGUAAUAUAUUUACUGUAACAUCGUAUAUUUGACAAUUUGUGUCUAUACUUCUAUUUGCACCUCAGAGAAAAUCUGAAUAUUUUAUAUUUGAUAACGUUGCGUGAAUUAAAUUAACGAGAUAUUGUCUUUUUUUUUUUUAUCUUAUCUUUUGAAGACGGUGAGAUCUCAUGUUCUUUUCUUCUCUCAAUGUCUUCGUCUUGAACGCGUGAGAAAGAGAGAGAUUAGCGCUCGGAGUGGGGGUGGGAGGGUGGGGGAAAGGAGGGGAAGGGGGGGUGACCAUCGCCAAUAUGUAAAGGUUAACUUCGCCUUCCUAAGGUGCUAUUCCGAUUUUCCAUUUAGUGAGAGAGAGAGAGAGAGAGAGAGAGAGAGAGAGAGAGAGAGAGAGAGAGAGAGAGAGAGAGAGAGAGAGAGAGAGAAAAGAAAGAAAGAGAUAGAUUCUCACUCGGGUUGUAUGUGUGGAUGUACGCAGUUGUACUACCUGUGAUUGUCUCUGCGUGUCUACCAUCAGUACUUAAUACCCCCCCCCCCCCCAACCCAAGCCCCAGGGAGUCCCAUGCCCGUUUCCAUUUCGUCGUGUUUUCAAAAGGGAUUUUGUAUUUAGUUGACUGGUUAUUAUACACAGAGAUUGAAUGCUCUUCCCUCAUGAUAAUUUUAUAUGCAAAUGAAGUGGUACUGUAAUACAAUGGUCGUUUGAUUGCGUUCCUUAUUAUAUUUUUUUUGUUUUUUUUUUAAUUGGUAAUGGUAUUCCUGUUAAUAAUUCGUAAUGGUGUUCUAAAUUGCCACUACAACGAAGCAUUGAAGUAGAUGCUGACAUUAAUGUAAUUGUGAUUCUUGCUGUCAUCAUUAGUAUCGUUAUUUUAUUAUUAUCAUUAUUAUCGCUAUUAUUAUCAUUAUUAUUAUUAUUAUUAAUCAUAAUUAUUUGUAUUAUUAUCAUGAUCGUCAUCGUUAAUUCAUUAUUAAUAGUAUCGCUGCUGUCAGUACUUUAUCAUUACUCCCGUCCUGAUACGCCCUCCCCCCCCUCCACUUACCCCCACCCUCUCGACCCCCACCCCCAGCUCGCCUUAUAAACAGAGAAUAAAAAAAAUCUCUGUAUUAAAACCACGCACUUGAAGUUCAUCCAAGUUUCUCACUUUCAAAUCCCUCCUGGGUUAUUUUCCGGCAAAACAUAAUAUGUAUGUAAAUAUUAUGGCAGGAAAAGUUGAAUAGCGGAACGCAUUUUGUAUGUAAAUAUUUGAAAAGAUAUGAUGCUCAUUUGUAAUGAUAUGUCCCUGUACUGUUGCAAAUGUUAAUUUUGAAAAAACAAGCGAAAAGAAAGAAAGAAAAAAAAAAGGUGAAUGGAGUCAUAACAAUACAUGAUUUUUUUUUUUUUUUUUUUUUUUUAAUUAUGGCUUAUUUUGCAACAAAGAACCCCCCUCCCCCCGUGCAAUACUUUUUUUCAAUCUCUCGAUAUUGCAAACAUGAUAACCAUGGAGUUGGCUUAUGAGCCUAUUUUUCAUGACUAUAACACUAAUAUUGUCCAAUAUCUCUUUCACUUUCGGAAGCACGUUUUCAUUGCUAUCAAUUUGCCAGAAAUAUUGAUGGUUCGAGGGCAUACUUAGUCAUUCUUGAUGUGUGCAAUAUUAUGCAUUUUAGGCUUAUAUUCAUAUUAUUUAUCACUAUUCUUUAGAAGAGUUUUACCCAAGGCAUAGAUUUUCGAAUUAUAAAGAAUGUGUAAUGACGGCAUUCUUGUUUAUCCGCAUAACAGAAUUGUUGUCUUCACUGGGCGCAGCAGCGACAACAGCAAAGGCCGCGAUACCAUUUAUUUGGGUAUUUUUAGGAAGAAAGUGAAAAGAGGAUUAACAAAAUAGGAGUAGGAUUAUUAAUAAUGUAUUUUACCAAAAGCAAUUCUUUUCUGGUAGACUUUUGGAUUAUUAUUUUUAUCAGGUUUAAAAUGACGUUUUCUCAAGAUUUUUUUUUUUUUUUUUUUUUUUUUUUUUUUUUUUUUUAGGAAUUUAAGUUAUUAUGACCACUGGGUAAUAUUUUGGCAUUUAAUUUAUCUACACACGCACACACACACACACACACACACACACACACACACACACACACACACACACACACACACACACACACACACACACACACACACACACACACACACACAUACACACACAAAGAAAAACACAAACACACACACAAACACAUACACAUAUACACACACACAAACACCAACAGCAACACAUUGAACUAGAAAUAUACUCAGAGUAAAGCUCUUGACAUACGAUAAAGUGUCAUCAAGUAGCUUCCACCUAGAUUUAGUUCUGAAUGUCCUUGUUUCACCUUUAGCCACAUUUCCGAACUUAUGCUAAUAUUUCGAACCAGAUAUCUGUGAGAAUCCUCCAUUUAUCCUUACGCGAUACUUGAAUUAUCUGGAAAAUCAUGAUAACAUAACAGCAUUGUAGCAAUAAGAUGAAAAAAACAAAGAAUAAAUCAAUAAAAUUCAACAAAGAC